ACAAUCGGAUUGGAUCUUGUAAAUGAUCGUUAUUGGUUGAAUUAUCGAAUGUUUAUCGACAAAAGAUCAAUGAUUGUUUGCGAUUUGUCUUUUAGUCAGAUAAUUAUGGCCUUAAAUUGUGCACAUACAAUUCAUUGCUAAAUGUUACAAAAAGAUAAUUAACAAAAAUCGAUUUUAAAUAUUUUAUGUAAUUGACGAUAUUUUAUAUUUUUUCCAACUGCCAUGAAAUAUUUUAUUUAACUUAAAUGAUUAUAUUGUGUUAAUUUGAUAAUUGGAACAUCUUUGGAUCAUUGUAUUUACAUUUUUAUUACAUCGUAAACAUCGUUUCAUAUCGAUACAGAAAGAUAUAAAUCUGGGGAUUGAUUAGUGUACAUAUCUAUAAGGCUAUACAUUUUACAUAUACCGAUUAUGUAUUUUUAAAACUUAUUUUAUCUUGUUUGAAACUUUAAUUUUUUAAUUAUAUGACAGAAAUGACAUAUAAGCGUAAAAAAUACCACAGAGGAGAUACACAUUUGAAAAAAGGAUGGAAAACUAAAAGAAGAACGAAAGAUUUGGAUGAGAUUGAUGAAGAUUUGAAAGAGCAGAAUGUGAAACAAUUAUUACAUCAAGAAGUGGAUUUAGAUAAGCCAGGAGCUGCACAACAUUAUUGUGUACAUUGCGCGAGAUAUUUUAUAAACCAAACUGCUUUGCAUAGCCAUUUUACAACAAAGGUACAUAAACGUAGGUUAAAAGCUCUUGAAUUAGAACCUUAUAAUAUUGAAGAAUCUGAAAGAGCUGCUGGAAAAGGAAGUUAUAUAGCACCACAAAAAAGAGAAAUAGAAACUUUAACUGUAGAUAAUGAUACAAACACAAUAUCACAAUCUAACCUAGAAAAAAUGGAUAGCUAAGUGACAUUUGAUAUAUAUUAUUUACAUGAUUG